GAACGACUGGGAGAGACAACGAGAAUGCAGUAUCGCAGGCAGGGAAGUGCCGCACUAGAUCGAUGGCAUAGGGCAGUGAGCUAUGAGUCGUAUAUCUCUGGGAAGAUAGAGCUUUCUUCUCUUUCCUUAAUUUAGAUGUCACCGGCGUUCUCCGCGUGCCAUAAAGCGCAAGCCAUAAACGCGCGCGGCUCCCUUGGCUCUUCUAUCUCCGCGCUCAUUCCUCUCCCCAUCCGUCCAAUUUCAAGACCUCCGCGAGGCGUUAAUUCGAUCCAGCGCCCCAACAAUGGGCACCGGAGAGGAAGCACAGAGAUUCGGCGGCGCCGAAGAAGACAUUGAGGAUCAGGAGGCCGGAGGAGGCGUGGUGGCGAGCCUGGUGGGCAAGGCCAGGGGGUUCGUGGCGGAGAAGAUCGCGCAGAUCCCCAGGCCCGAGGCGUCGCUGGACCGGGUCGCGUUCCAGAGCGUCAGCCGCGAGGGCAUCACGCUCCACAGCCACAUCGACAUCAGCAACCCCUACGCGAACCGCAUCCCCAUCUGCGAGCUCACCUACACCUUCAAGAGCGACGGCAAGGUGAUAGCCUCAGGCACGAUGCCUGACCCGGGGUGGAUCGGCGCGAGCGGCGCGACGCAGCUGGAGCUGCCGGUGAAUGUGCCCUACGACUUCGUCAUGUCGCUGAUGAAGGAUCUGGGCGGAGACUGGGACAUCGACUACGUGCUGGAGGUCGGGAUCAUCAUCGACCUCCCCGUCAUCGGCAGCUUCACCAUCCCUGUCACCACCCAGGGAGAGAUGAAGCUCCCCACGUUCCGGGACUUGUUUUGAGUAAUUUGGCUGCACAGGAUGGUUUGUUUGCUCAUUUCUUAGAUUUUGAUUCUGAUGGCAAUUAUAAGGAUCAUUUUAAACUUGUACGAGUCUUCGUUGUUUCCUCUGCGCGUGGAUGCCCCUUGAAAUUAGAUUCUUAUUGCGAA